AUGGCCUCCAACAAUAUGAUCAACCCGGGCAUUGACCCCAACAUCGAAGAUGACCUCUUCGCCCAAGAAGUCGAAGCCGUCAAGAAGUGGUGGAGUGAUUCCAGGUGGAGAUACACCAAGAGACCGUUUACCGCAGAGCAGAUUGUCUCCAAGAGAGGUCACCUCAAGGUGGAAUACCCCAGCAAUGCUCAGUCCAAGAAGCUUUGGAAAAUCCUCGAAGGCCGAUUCCAGAGCCGUGAUGCCAGUUAUACCUAUGGUUGCUUAGAACCGACCAUGGUCACGCAAAUGGCCAAGUACUUGGAUACAGUCUAUGUCUCUGGUUGGCAAUCAUCUUCGACGGCCUCAUCCUCCGACGAGCCUGGCCCUGAUCUAGCUGACUACCCCUACACGACUGUCCCAAAUAAAGUGAAGCAUCUCUUCAUGGCCCAGCUUUUCCACGACCGAAAGCAGAGAAACGAACGCCUGAGCGUGCCCAAGUCAGCUCGCACCAAUCUCCAGAAUAUUGACUACCUCCGGCCGAUUAUUGCAGAUGCGGAUACUGGUCACGGCGGUCUGACCGCAGUUAUGAAGCUGACCAAGCUUUUUGUCGAGAGCGGUGCCGCUGGUAUACAUAUUGAAGAUCAAGCACCAGGAACCAAGAAGUGCGGUCACAUGGCCGGAAAGGUCCUCGUGCCCAUCAGCGAGCACAUUAACCGCCUAGUCGCCAUCCGGGCUCAGGCCGACAUCAUGGGCAGCGACUUGCUCGCCGUCGCCCGCACGGAUGCCGAGGCAGCCACGCUCAUCACCACCACCAUUGACCCGCGUGACCACGCCUUCAUCAUGGGCAGCACCAACCCGAACCUGCAGCCGCUCAACGACCUCAUGGUGGCAGCUGAGCGCUCCGGCAAGACGGGCGACCAGCUCCAGGCCAUUGAGGACGCCUGGUUGCAGCAGGCCGGACUGAAGCGCUUCGAUGAGGCCGUCGUCGAUGCCAUCAACGGCGGCGCCCUGCCCAACAAGAAGGAGUUGGUUCAGCAGUACCUGGCCCAGGCCAAGGGCAAGAGCCACAACGAGGCCAAGGCCAUUGCCCAGGGCAUCGCCAAGGUUAAUGUCUUUUUCGACUGGGACGCACCCCGCACCCGCGAGGGCUACUACCGUCUCAAGGGCGGCUGCGAUUGCGCCAUUAACCGUGCCGUCGCCUAUGCCCCCUACUGCGAUGCCAUUUGGAUGGAGAGUAAGCUGCCCGACUUCAAGCAGGCGCAGGAAUUUGCCAAUGGUGUCCACGCCGUCUGGCCAGAGCAAAAGCUGGCCUACAACCUCUCGCCCUCGUUCAACUGGAAAUCAGCGAUGCCGAGCAACGAGCAAGAGACGUACAUUCGCCGUCUGGCGUCGCUGGGCUACUGCUGGCAGUUCAUCACGCUGGCCGGCCUGCACACGACGGCGCUCAUUAGCGACCAGUUUGCCCGCGCCUAUGCCAAGAACGGCAUGCGCGCCUACGGCGAGCUCGUCCAGGAGCCCGAAAUGGACGGCGGCGUCGACGUGGUCAAGCACCAAAAGUGGAGCGGUGCCAAUUAUAGUGAUGAGCUCCUCAAAAUGGUGACGGGUGGCAUCUCGAGCACCAGUGCCAUGGGCAAGGGUGUUACCGAGGACCAGUUCCACUGA